AUGAAGAAGGGAAGAAAGAGGAUAUCUGAGCAGGAGCGGCUUAUCCGUCAUCUGGAGCCCUUGAAGAACCUUUGUCUGGACGAUAUUGUGAACCGACUUCGCUCUACGUACCCAUCUUUUUACCAACGCAUCAAGCUCCCUAUUUUCACCACGAAAGUCGAGAAAACCCUAGCGUCGCUUUCAGUUAAGCAGCACUCAAUGGCCAAACAACCGCGUAUCAGAAGCAUAGAACAAGAAGAAGAAGAAGAAAUUGGUCAAGGAAUUUUCCACAAAAGGCGUCGGCUGAACUAUGCUGCCAGUGAGAGCGAGGAGGAUUCGGGCGAGGAGGAUUCAGGCGAGGACGAUUCGGGCAAGGAGGAUCCGGGCUUGGCCGUCUGCUGCUUGGAGUACGCCAUACCCAACAUACCCAACAACAAGUUGAGUCCUUUUGGUUUUAGUCCGAGAGUUGUUCAGUUGAAUUCGGGGAUUGGAGGGGAUGUGAGGUUCAGUGACCUAGGUGGGAUGGAGAAAGCGCAAAACGAGCUGGAGAGGUUUGUGAUGUUGCCAUUUCGACAUCCGGAGCUGGCGAUAUCGCUUGGAGUGAAGCCAGUAUCUGGGGUUCUCUUGCACGGACCACCAGGUUGUGGGAAGACCAAAUUGGCCCACGCCAUUGCCAAUGAACUCGGCAUUCCUUUUUAUAAGAUUUCCGCUACCCAGCUCGUCUCUAGUGUGACAGGUUCAUCCGAAGAGAAUAUACGAGACCUUUUUUCCAAAGCUUACAGAACGGCCCCUUCAAUUGUAUUUAUUGACGAAAUUGAUGCAAUUGCUACAAAAAGAGAGGAUGUGCAACGUGCAAUGGAGGGGCGGAUCGUGACACAACUCAUGACUUCCAUGGAUGAAUCUCACAGACCUACUGUAUUACCAGCUGCUCAUGAUGAUCCAAAUUCCAACUCGCAAUCUUCGGAUCAAAAAUAUCCCCAUGUUCUCGUCAUUGGAGCUACCAAUAGGCCUGAUGUUAUUGACUCUGCUCUAAGGAGGCCUGGACGCUUUGAACUUGAGAUUUUUUUAGGCCCUCCAGAUGAAAGUGCGAGGCUCCAGAUUCUCUCUUUGCUCACUCGCAAUCUCGCAUUACAAAGUGGUUCCUUUGAUCUUCUCAAAAUAGCCAGGUCUACCUCCGGGUUUGUCGGAGCUGAUUUGACCUCCUUGGUCAACAGGGCUGGUUCCAUUGCACUGGAAAGGAUCGUAAACAACAUGGUUGCUGCUGAUGUCUCCAUUCGUUCUGCGUCUCCCAAGUGCAAUCAAGAUUCUGGGCCUCAAGUACUCACUAUGGCUGAUUUUGAGGACGCAGUUAAAGCAGUCCAACCCUCCUUAAAAAGAGAAGGAUUCGCUGCAAUACCUAGUGUGAAAUGGGAAGACGUUGGCGGUCUAGAUUCUUUAAGGGAGGAACUGUACCGUUCCAUAGUUAGGCGUAUUAGACAUCCAGACAUCUAUAAGAAUUUCGGAUUAGAUUUAGAGACGGGAUUUUUGCUCUACGGGCCUCCAGGAUGUGGCAAAACCCUGAUUGCAAAGGCUGUUGCAAGUGAGGCAGGAGCUAAUUUUAUAUACGUCAAGGGUGCUGAACUUCUAAAUAAAUAUGUUGGAGAAAGUGAACUGGCAGUCCGAACCUUGUUUAGCCGUGCAAGGACGUGCUCGCCAUGCAUUAUUUUCUUUGAUGAGGUUGAUGCUUUGACAACAAAGCGGGGCAGACAAGGGGGAUGGGUUGUUGAGCGGCUACUGAACCAGUUACUUGCAGAGUUAGAUGGUGGAGAUCAGCAACAGGGUGUAUUUGUUAUUGGUGCUACCAAUAGACCUGAUGCGAUGGAUCCUGCUGUUUUACGGCCGGGCAGGUUUGGUAAACAUAUUUAUGUCUCACUGCCGAGUAGAGAUGAGCGCUGUUUGAUCCUAAAAGCUCUUGCAAGGAAGAAGCCUAUAGAUCCCAGUGUAGAUCUCAAUGAGAUCGGUCGAUGGAAGGCUCUUGAAAAUUUUAGUGGAGCUGAUCUCUCUGCAAUGAUGAACGAAGCUGCUAUGGCUGCUCUUGAAGAGGGAUCAACAUCAACUGAUGUGAGUGUGGGUUCAUAUACACAGACUAUUAAGAAGUGUCACCUUGAACAAUCCGUUGCUAAAAUCACACCAUCUGUAACUAAUAAGCAACUUGAGCGCUACUUGAAAUUUGGAAAGAGGAGUGAUCAGUGUUCUGACAAUUCCUCUAGGCGGCAGCCUAGGCCCCACCUAGGCUGGCCGGGUUUAAAAGAAUGUUCAAAAUAAUUUUCUGAGCAGCAACUCAGGCGCUACUUGAAAUUUGGAAAGGGUAUCAUGAAAGGGGGAGUGUGCUAUAUACACACUCACUUGAGUGAGUGUGAGCCACGAAUGUCAACUUCUCAUGGCUUUCUA